AUGGGGGUGUGUCAAACACUGUGCGCCCUCGUCUCUGCACCUUCAUCCCAGGUGCGCCCUCGUCUCUGCGCCUUCAUCCCAGGUGCGCCCUCGUCUCUGCGCCUUCAUCCCAGGUGCACCCUCGUCUCUGCGCCUUCAUCCCAGGUGCGCCCUCGUCUCUGCGCCUUCAUCCCAGGUGCGCCCUCGUCUCUGCGCCUUCAUCCCAAGUGCGCCCUCGUCUCUGCGCCUUCAUCCCAGGUGCGCCCUCGUCUCUGCGCCUUCAUCCCAGCUGCGCCCUCGUCUCUGCGCCUUCAUCCCAGCUGCGCCCUCGUCUCUGCGACUUCAUCCCAGCUGCGCCCUCGUCUCUGCGCCUUCAUCCCAGCUGCGCCCUCGUCUCUGCGCCUUCAUCCCAGCUGCGCCCUCGUCUCUGCGCCUUCAUCCCAGCUGCGCCCUCGUCUCUACGCCUUCAUCCUAGGUGCGCCCUCGUCUCUGCGCCUUCAUCCCAGGUGCGCCCUCGUCGCUGCGCCUUCAUCCCAGGUGCGCCCUCGUCUCUGCGCCUUCAUCCUAGGUGCGCCCACGUCUCUGCGCCUUCAUCUUAGGUACGCCCUCGUCCCUGCGCCUUCAUCCCAGGUGUGCCCACGUCUCUGCGCCUUCAUCUUAGGUGUGCCCUCGUCUCUGCGCCUUCAUCUUAGGUGCGCCCUCGUCUCUGCGCCUUCAUCCCAGGUGCGCCCUCGUCUCUGCGCCUUCAUCCCAGAUGCGCCCUCGUCUCUGCGCCUUCAUCCCAUGGUGCCCGGGACAUGGUCCCGGGUCAUGGUGCCCGGGUCAUGGUGUCCGGGUCAUGGUGCCCGAGUCGUGCUGACCGGCUCAUAG